AUGAUAAUUGACCCGAAUGGCCUAAUGGUGAUGUGUUUAGUUCCAACAGUUAAACCAGGCUCCUGUCCUGCUAAGCCUACUCGAGUUGGACUCUGUGCAGAAUUGUGCACAGGUGACAGUGACUGUGAAGGAAAUAAGAAAUGCUGCAGUAAUGGAUGUGGCCAUGUUUGUGUCUCUCCUCGGAAAGGAAAACCAGGGUCUUGUCCUCAGAAAAGUGUCGGUGUCCGUCUGUGUGGGGAAAUAUGUGCAGUCGACAGUGACUGCCCAGGGAAUCAGAAAUGCUGUGAGAAUGGAUGUGGCCAUUCAUGCAUCACUCCCAAGAAAG